AACGAUUGUAAAUGAGCAAUGAAGAGAGAUCCACCAUUUCAUAUUAGGCAAAAAUUCUGUUAAACAGACUUGAGACAAUGACAACCAUCUCAGCCGUGCCGUAGAAUGUAAAACCACGACAAAUUGACCUUGACGUGACUUGUGGCACAAAAUUCAGAAAACUGCAGUGUUUUUAUUUUGUUAUAGCUAAUAAGUCAAGAAUGGUCACUUAAACCAAUGGAAUCGACCUCGAAUUAUGCGAUCAUCGAUAUAUAUAGUACCAAAUAUCAACCCCAGAAAAUUGGAUAUCUGUGUCGAUUCUACAACCCUUGAUCUCAGGACGAACAGAUUUGAUGUUGAAUAAGCCUUCGACCGUAGCUUAGACUAAGAAUAGUUUUGAGGGAUCUGCUCUGUGUUCCUUUUUCAAACUCAAUGGCUUGCAAGUUGAUCCCAAAAAGGGCAUAUUGGGUAGCUUUCAUCUAUACAGUUCUUGUUUCACAUGCCUGCAAUGGCUUUUAUCCUUCGGAAAACUACAUGCAUACAUAUUCAACAGACGAAGAAAUAUAUGCUAAAGUUAAUUCAUUGACCUCUAUUUACACUGCGCUUCCCUUCAGCUAUUACAGCCUCCCUUACUGCAAACCCCCUAUGGGAAUAAAGAAAAGUGCAGAGAAUCUUGGACGACAACUCAUGGGAGACCAGAUUCUCAACUCUCCGUACCGUUUUCGAAUGAACGUCAAUGAAUCUGUAUUCCUCUGCACUACAAGUCCAUUAAGUGAGCAUGAGGUAAAGCUAUUGAAACAGAGAACUCGUGAUCUGUAUCAAGUAAAUAUGAUUUUGGAUAAUUUGCCUGCCAUGAGGUUUGCUCAACAACAUGGAAUUAAGAUUCAAUGGACUGGGUUUCCUGUUGGGUAUGCACUGCCAAAUAGUAAUGAAGAUUACAUCAUCAAUCACCUCAAGUUCAGGGUUUUGGUUCAUGAGUAUGAAGGGGAAAGUGUGCUGAUAAUUGGUACUGGGGAAGAGGGUAUCGGUGUAAUUCCGGAUGCUGAGAAGAAGCAGCCUUCUGGAUUUGAGAUAGUCGGUUUUGAGGUUGUCCCCUGCAGUGUCAAAUAUGACCCCGAAGCAAUGUCAAAAUUCCAUAUGUAUGAGUAUGACAAAUUCUCUGUAAACUGCCCGUUGGAGCUUGACAAAUCUCAGAUAAUAAGGAAGCAAGAGAGAGUGUCGUUCACUUAUGAUGUCGAAUUUGUGAAGAGCGAUAUUAGAUGGCCAUCUCGAUGGGAUGCUUACCUGCAGAUGGAAGGUGCUCAAGUCCACUGGUUCUCCAUCCUAAAUUCACUAAUGGUGAUCUUUUUCUUAGCUGGUAUUGUUUUUGUUAUAUGUUUACGGACAGUCAGAAUCGAUUUGACAAUGUACGAGGAAUUGGACGAAAAAGUACAGAUGAACGAGCAACUUUCAGGCUGGAGGUUUGUUGUGAGUGAUGUGUUCAGAGAACCAAAUCACUCAAAGCUACUAUGUGUGAUGAUUGGAGGUGGGGUUCAGAUCACUGGGAUGGCUGUUGUUACUGUUGUAUUGGCCGCCUUUGGUUUCAUGUCACCAGCUUCUCGAGGAAUGUUGUUGACGGGUAUGAUAAUUUUUUAUCUUUUCCUGGGGACUCUUGGUGGUUAUGCUGGUGUACGCUUGUGGAUAGCAAUCAAGGGAACUUCAGAUGGUUGGAAGUCAGUUGCCUGGUCGGUUGCAUACUUCUUCCCUGGAAUUUGUUUUGUUAUCCUCACUGUGCUGAAUUUUAUUCUCUCGGGUAGCAAAAGCACCGGUGCAAUUCCCAUUUCUAUUUAUUUUAUUCCCGUGUCUCUCUGGUUCUGCAUUUCAGUGCCGCUCACCCUUCUGGGAGGUUUCUUAGGGACCCAAGCUGAGCCUAUUCAGUACCCUAUACGAACCAGCGAGAUACCAAGAGAGAUCCCUGCACGCAAAUAUCCAUCAUGGCUUCUUGUUCUUGGGGCUGGGACCCUUUCGUUUGGAACCAUAUUCAUUGAACUUUUUUUCAUCCUCUCUAGCAUCUGGCUCGGGAGGUUCUAUUGUGUCUUUGGAUUCCUGCUUGUUGUCUUCUUGUUGUUGUUGAUCGUUUGUGCAGUAGUAUCUGUGGUCCUUACCUACAUGCAUCUCUGUGCUGAGGAUUGGCAGUGGUGGUGGAAAGCAUUCUAUGCAUCAGGUUCCGUUGCUCUUUAUGUGUUCCUGUACUCGAUCAAUUACCUGGUUUUUGACCUUAAGGGCUUGAAUGGGCCUGCAUCGGCUAUACUUUAUCUUGGGUAUUCACUGAUCAUGGCCAUUGCGAUCAUGAUAUCUACCGGCACUAUUGGCUUCCUCACAUCGUUGUAUUUUGUCCAGUACCUUUAUUCAUCGGUGGAGAUUGAUUCCAAAGGUAUAUUUGCUAAGUCCCAUGGGCCGGUUUAAGUCUCCUGGUGCAAGGGAUCAACCCAAAAUUUUGCUUUUGCAAAAUUUGGCUUGCUACACUAUCAUGUCGCACAACAUCACCAGGUUACAGAUUUUAAUAAUGUUGAAGUUAUGAUUUAGCUGUCUCAUUCUCAUUGUGUGCUGCCUGUUUUUUGUUUGUUUGUUUGUUUGUUUUUCCCUCACCUGUCAUGUGCUGGAAACUAGAUGUAUUCAAUUGAACUUUCUAUCCUAGUAUGCUCUUUGGAUUUUAUGGUGAAAAGAUACGUAGAUUAUAUUGCAAA